CUUCAUUUGUUCACAGCUAACAAUAAAGAGCAGGCUAAUCUUACUUUCAUGAAGAAGCUGUCUCCAAAAAUAAAAACAAACAAACUGAGCAACACAACCUGCAACCACAUCGGACUUGGAUUGUAAAACCAACAUAACAAUUGGAGAUUUUUAACUGCUUGAGAUCUCAGUAACAUGGAACAUGGAAUCUCAAGAAAGAAAAAUAAUGAUUUCUUGGAUGAAGAAGAUACUGAUCACCCACUUUUUAAGGAGCUCCACCUUGUGGUGAUUGGAUGUCAUGGUUCUGGGAAGAAUGCUAUAGUAAAUGCCAUUUUCAGAAACAAUGUGUUUACCUUUUCAACAUCCUCUAAAAAACAUGUUGAGAUAAAACGCACUGUUUUUGGAACACGAGUAACUAUAGUUCGUGCUCCUGGCUGGUCAGAAGAACUGACUUCACUCCGAAAGCACCGCGAGUUACGACAGGAGAUUAGUGAUGCAGUGAGAUCAUUUGAAAAAGGACCUCAUGCAAUCAUUCUGUCCAUUGCUGUAAACUCCACUCUUACAGAAACUACACAAGCUACCCUGGAAAAACUCCUUACUAGAAGAUUCUGGGAUCACACCAUCAUCAUCUUCAAGGGGGAUUUACAAAAGGCGAACAGUGAAGAUAAAAAGAACAUACAAACCCUCAUUAAAGCACUCAACAAACGGUGCUGUGUCCUACAAACAACAACCAGUUUUGAAGAGAGCAAAAAGCUGAUUGAAGACAUAGCACUGAUGAUCGCAGGGAAACAGAAUGUCCCGCUUCGUUUCUCUGUUGAUGAAAGUGAGAAACAUGAUGAAUCACAUGAAAAGAAGAACCUUUUAAAACGACUGAGACAAAAAAUCGAAAAACUUAAAAAACUUGAUAGAAAUGUACUGACCAAAAGGGCUGAGUCAACAAACAACUUAGUACGACUGCAAAAAAUCUUAGGAAUGCACGAGGAUCCUGACACAGAUUCUACUCAAUCUGAUCAGUCUACACGUGAGGAAGAAAACACAGAAAGAGAAGAAAGAACAAGUGAAGCAAUGGCUGAAAUCCAUCCUACAGAAACAUCAAAGCUGCUGGAUCAGACUGAGAUGGCAUCUGAUAAGGAUCAAGCCCGAGAUGCCCAUAAACUAAAUGGGACUUUCCAGUGUGACUCCCAUACUACCCCUAUCAGUGAGGGUGAUCUUUAUAGCUGGUAUGGCUGUCUUGUGGAGAUCUUGGAAGAUCUAACUGAGGAACAGUUUAAAAAAAUGAAGAACAAGAUAUGCAAUAUGAAGGAUGACAGAAUUCGUACAUUGCAUGUGGAGGACAAAAACCGAAACACACUGGCACAUAACAUGAUUCAACACUGGGGAGAAGAGAAAUGCAUCAGCUACACCAGGGAUAUUCUAAAGGAUAUUCCACGGAACGACAAUGAAGUAAAAGAUCUUAUUCUGCCAUUCUUGCAGAGGAUUGGAGAAUCAUGGUAAUAAAAGAGAGUAUAUCUAUUAAGAGUGCAGAAUAAGAAUCUUAUCAUACAGUGGCAUGAAAUAUUUGGGCACCCCUGGUUAAAUUUUAUUAUUGGUUAAUAUCUGGUUUUAAUUGGAAUUUAGCGUUAUUUAAUUAAAACAGUAUACAAACAAUAUCUUAGCAAGAAAAUCCAAGCUAGUUUUGGAAUUCAACAAUCAGAAAACGUUUCCCAAAAAUGCAUUAGGUUGAAUAUGUACACACAAUUUUAUGUUGAAAAAAAAAUGGUUUUGUCUGAUGACUUAUUCAUGAAGAUCAUACUUGUGCAGGUGCUGCUGCACAGUAGAAGAGUGCACCACUACUCUAGAGCCUGUGAAUCACAUGUAAAGGUGUUUUACAGCUCAACAGAAGAAAUCUGUUCUUGGUGUUUUAGAUCUCAACAUACCUGCAUUUUUUAGUCACUACUUAUCUUUUUACAGUUUUCUUCUGCUUUCUGGACAUCAAUUAUUGUAAUGUUCAGUGAGCUGGGCUGGUGCUUAGAGGAGCCCAUGGAGCCAUGUAGGUGUCCUCUGGUAUCAGAGUAUUCAUUUGAAAUGUGCGUCAUUAACAAUGAGGUAAUUGUAAUUAGGACAUGGACAUGGCAAGUUAAUUAAGGUGUAAAACCUUGGUAAAAGUUAUCCAAAAGGUGUUGGAUCUUUUGCUUAGUGCUGCUUUUCUUUCUUC